CACAGAAGCCGGACUCUAUCACGCCACGACAGCCGAGGUGCCCCCGCAGGAAGACGGACGAUGAGGAGGUGGAGGAGCACAGACACCGCAGGAGGAACCAGAAUCAUGACGAUCAGAUUUAGACCGCUUGUGAAACUUCUCUGGUGUUUGACGUUUUCACUUCCUCACGCAAUGCGCGCACAAGCAGUUCUCCCUCCAGAGUGUGCACCGGGGGGCCACUCUGUGCUCCAGAACCCGUACCGCAGCACCACUUUCAGCUCCAGCUGGCUGCUGCAGGCGGCCCUGCAAGACUUCAUCUGUGACCACUCACUGGUGCCCGGCUGGUACCAGUUCCAAAUUUUUGACAAGCCGGCCAUUAUGCCCACCCAGUGUGUGGAGGUGAACCACUGCGGGACCCAGGCUCCAGUGUGGCUGUCCCUGGGAGAGGGAGAAUCCCUGCCGGGCCCACUGGAGCUCAGGCAGCUGACGGCCUGCGCCUCGUGGCAGUACUUCCCGAGCAGCAGCAAGGAAUGCUGCUCGUUCCGCAUCCCGGUGUCUGUCCGCAACUGCGGAGACUUCUACAUUUACCUGCUGCAGCCCACACAGGGAUGCAUGGGCUACUGUGCACAGGAAAUGCCAGACAUGUCACCCACAACAUCGCUGACCUGUAGUCCCGGGGAGGUGAACAGGGGUGGAACAUGUACAGCAACCAAGCAGCCUCCCAUUCCGUCUAUGCCGGUUAUCGUCCCUGAGUGGACAGGGGGCGGCGUCCACCUGAAGUGCAGCUUCAACAGCAGCUACAACAGCUCUUUGGGCCACGUGGUGGCCUGGACCCGCUCCUCAGCUCAGGGCGAGGCCAGGGAGGAGCUCAAGCAAGAGACCACCGUCCAGACGUGGGCCCUCAUUGAGCUGGAUGGCUUCAACCUGCGUCUGGGAGACAAGAUUUACUGCUCCACCUUCAGUUUCUUCUUGGACUCCCCAAACGUCCGCAGUGCUUCAGUGGAAAGUCAGGAGUUCUUUGCUGGGAUUCGGCUGAGACCAAACGUGAGCAACGUGUCCGAGGAUGGGAAGGUAUAUGAGCUGAUGGUCGAGAGCACAGUUCCCAUCCCAUGCCUGGAGGAGUCAUCCUCUUCGGAGCAGUGCACUAUCUCCUUGCAGCUCAGCACCAAAAGCCAAGACGAGGUUGUGCACGGUGCAGAUGUGUCUCUGUCCUCCUGUGCGGUGGAUUUACAUGGGAAUCCCUGCAGGGAUGACAUUUGCAGCCGGGCUGUUGUCCACUUCUCUGCCAUAACGGACUUUGUCAAAGACGGUGACAGGAUGUCUCAGAUCUCUGUCAAACCCAUCGUCACGCAGAACUUUGUGUGGAAUGGCUAUGCUCCAGAACCUGUCCUGAUAAAAGUCAAGGACGUGCCUUCAGCUUACUGUUACGCCUUAACUGAUCCUCAUAUGAUUACAUUUGAUGGCAGGCGCUAUGAGAACUACCAAAUUGGCACCUUUGUGCUCUGCAGGAGCUCCAACUGGCCGUUUGAGGUCCAUGUCCGCCAGUGGGACUGCGGCAGCAGUGUGGCACCGACAUCAUGCAUUUGCGGCUUGGUGGCGAGGGACGGCAGCAAUGUCAUCGCCUUCGACAUGUGCGACGGGGAGAUGGGGGAAACCAAGCCCCGUCUCUCUGUGAAGAAUCGAGACCUGACCAAGAGCGGCAUUCGCAUCUACGAGUCCUACCAAGGACGCAAAGUCACGUUAACCUUUUCAUCGGGAGCAUUCGUACGUGCUGAUGUGGCCGACUGGGGUAUGAGUCUGACUCUGAGAGCCCCUGGUUCAGACCGGGGCCACACCCAGGGCCUGUGCGGGACUUACGACGGAGAUCCGGACAACGAUUACCACUCAUUGGCAGGCACCACACUGCAGGAUCUGCAAGAUUUCAUCUCUGAUUGGAGGCUCCCUCCAGGAAGUAGCAUGUUCGACACUGUUCCGUUGUCAUCCUCAUCCUCUCCCAGCACGCUCAGCCCUCGCAUGUUCUGCAACUGUCAAACGGAACCCCGCCUUAAAUCCCAGCGAAGUCGCCUUCCCCCUGUGACCUCCUCACAGUGGGCCUGCUCUCGCUAUGGCAAUGUGCAGUUCCCCAGCGUCAUCCCGUCUCUGGAUGUGACAGCUGAGCACAUCAGCUCGGUGGAGUUGCUCAGUGGGGAGGAAGAUGGACGACAUGGCCGUUCCAGCCCCCACAAGCAGCAUGGAGGCUCUGCUACUCAGAACGGCGGGCAGACCCACCAGUACGUCCCCAACUCUCCCCACCAUAGCCUCAGCCAGUCCGACUUGGAGAGCUUUGCUUACUUCUUCCCAGAAGACCACAAAGUGACAUCUCAUUUAGACGUUGCCCCGACGUGGCCGACACCCUCUGGGCUGACUGAGCAUAAGGCCAUGGCCAAGUGCCGGAACGCCAUUGCCAACUCAAGCACGGCACUGGGCUGCAGACGCCUCCUUGACGACUCUGUAGUGAGCUCUGCGGUGGACAUGUGCGUCCGCGACCUCCAGUUGAAGGAUGAGCACUCGUGGCUGAACGCAACGCUGCCGUUACUGGAGAACGAGUGUGAGAGGCGGCUGGUAGAGGAGGGCACGAGGGAGCAAGACCAGCGGGACAGUGUGGCCAUCCUCAAGUGUCCAAAUCUAUGCAAUGGUAAUGGAGAAUGCUCCGACUGGGGCUGCAUCUGUUUCCUUGGCUUUGCAUCCUACGACUGCAGUGUAUUGUCAGACCAGAUCCCAGAGAUUACUGAAGUGGAGAAGGAAGGUCUUUGUGAUAUCCGGAAGGGUGACUGCUCCACUGUUCACAUCUAUGGUCAAGGCUUCAAGAACACCCACAAGCUCAUGUGUGAGUUUGUUAAGGAAAAGUUGGUGGGAGGCGAAUGGCUUCUGGCCGAGCCUCAGUUGGUCCCCGCCACCUUUGUGGACGUGAUGGCGAUGGAGUGCCGACUCCCUCCAGAGGUCAACCGAGCUUCUGCGGGUGUUGACGUGACGACGCCAACAAACAGACCAUUGGCCCGCUGGCAGAUCAAAGUGUCCAAUGAUGGCUACAGCUACAGUAACGCUAAAAUCCUGACUCUGUAUGACGAAGCCUGUCAAAUCUGCAGUCUCCACACCGAGGUCCUCUGCACCCUGCGGGACAAAACCUGCAACAUUGAUGGACUCUGUUACAACGAGGGCGAGUCCAAUCCCAGCAGUCCUUGCCUCAUGUGUCGCCCUGACUCCUCCCAGCACACUUGGACAAUGGUGGACAGAAAUGAGCCCCCGGUGCUGCAGUCGUUGCCCCCUGGCCUCUGGGCCUUCCAGGGGGAGGUCUUCAUCUACCAGCUACAGGCCCAUGACCCCGAGGGCUCAGCGGUGGUCUUCACUCUCACAUCAGGUCCUGAGGGUGCGACGUUGUCCCCGGAUGGCCUGAUCAUCUGGAAAGUCGGGGUCUGGCCCGCUGACACACACACGUUCAACUUUACAAUGAUGGAUGACUGUGAUGCUGAGAUGCCAGCCACCGUGCAGGUGUCUGUGCGGCCCUGUGAGUGUGCUAACGGCGCCUCCUGUGUGACAAACGUCAACCUCCCCGCCGGCAGCGGACAGUACUUGUGCGCUUGCCUUGACGGGUUCAAAGGCCAAAGGUGCGAGGUGGACAUCGACGACUGUAAGCCCAACCCCUGCAGGCUAGGACGAUGUUUGGACGGCCCCAAUUUCUUCACAUGUAUCUGCCCACCUGGAAUGACAGGUCGCACAUGCAGAGAGGACAUAGAUGAGUGUUUCUCUCAGCCAUGUCCCCCAGGAGUGGGCUGCACCAACACUCUUGGCUCCUUCUCCUGUGGAGUCUGCCCACACGGCUACAGCGCUGAUAGGAGGGGUUGCACUGUCCCCAAGACUGCGACGACCACACCAAUGAGAGCGCCGCCCGUCCCUCUGAAGCCCAGAGCCCAUGUCCCCUCACCCUGCAGCCAAAGGCCGUGCCACCCAGGGGUUCGGUGCUUCGAGAGCCCUCACGUGUUGGCGGGCUUUGUCUGUGGACCCUGUCCUCCUGGUCUCCAUGGAGACGGACUGACUUGCACGACAACAGGUCAGAGGACCAUCAUCACUGGAGGUUUUCCGAACACCAAAGACAAGGAAAUGACCCCGACUUCCCCUUCUUCAUCCUCCUUCUCAUCCCACACCUCACCCAGAAGACCCCCAGACAGGGGGACAAGACCAGGUGCCACCGUAAAUACCCGCAGAGGUUCCUCCUCCUCAGAGACAAGCCCGGAAUCCACCCCAAGAGUCUCCGCCCCGACGUUCAACAGAGGCGGUGUGAUGCCGAGCCCAGACCUCAGUGGGGGGUCACGUCAUCUGACCUGUGACGACUCCCCCUGCUUCCCGAGUGUCCAGUGUGAGCACAUCGGUCCAGGAUCCUUUAGCUGUGGUCGCUGUCCACACGGUUACACAGGGGACGGGGUCACAUGUAAAGCUUUUUGUAGGUUUCUCUGCGGGAGGAACAUGGAAUGCACACAGCCCAAUACAUGCACUUGCAAGAAGGGCUACACCGGCUACAGCUGCCACAUCGCCGUGUGCAGACCAGAGUGCAGGAACCGGGGAAGGUGUGUUAGACCUAAUGUGUGUCAAUGUCCUGUGGGCUAUGGCGGGCCAACCUGUGAGGAAGCGAGCUGCGAGCCGCCAUGCCGGCACGGAGGCACCUGUCUUGCCAAGAACCUGUGCACCUGCCCGUACGGCUACGUGGGACCACGAUGUGAAAUCAUGGUGUGUAACAGGCACUGUGAAAACGGUGGAGAGUGUGUUUCUCCUGAUGUGUGCAAAUGCAAGCCAGGCUGGAACGGACCAACAUGCAACUCUGUGGAGUGUCAUCCAGUCUGUCUGAACGGAGGAACGUGCAUGAAACCAAACGUCUGCGCUUGUCCCAGCGGCUUCUAUGGCUCUCAGUGUCAGAUCGCCGUGUGCAGCCCACCAUGCAAGAACGGGGGUCACUGCAUGAGGAACAAUGUAUGUUCCUGUCCUGAAGGCUACACGGGGAAAAGAUGUCAAAAGAGCGUGUGCGAGCCCACGUGCAUGAACCAAGGGAAGUGUGUUGGACCCAACACUUGUUCGUGUGCAUCAGGAUGGAGAGGCAAGCGCUGUAACAUACCGGUCUGUCUGCAAAAGUGUAAAAAUGGCGGCGAGUGCUUGGGGCCCAGCACCUGCCACUGUUCUACUGGCUGGGAAGGUCUGCAGUGUCAAACACCUGUGUGCAAGCGGCGCUGCCUAAACGGGGGGAGGUGCGUGCUGCCCGACUACUGCCACUGUCGGAAAGGCUACAAGGGUGUCACCUGUGCCAUUCAGAUAUCACAAGCAUGAUGGAGAAUGAAGUGAAAGAAGAUGUGUGUGUGCGCGCCGGUGAUUGUGUAGAUCAGGGGUGCUCAUUAAGUCGAUCGCGAUCUACCGGUCGAUCGCGGAGGUGGUACUGGUCGAUCGCUGGUCGAUCGCGGCGUGACAUUAAAAAAUAUCAUCCUCGCGUCAAUGCCGUCACUUGAUUGAUAUACAGGGCAGCCAUUCAGAUGACAACUGAAUGUUGCCCUUCGGGUGACCAAUCAAAUCAAACAACGUCUCUAAGUGCAGCAGAACUUACGAUGUCAGCCUAUCAUCCAUCCCCGUUACUUGAUUGACAUACAGGACAACCAGUCAGAUGACACCUAAAUUUUGACCUUUAGGUCACCGCUCAUGCGUAAACAACGAUGCAAAGUGCUAAGCUAGUCGGCGAAUUGCGUUAGAUUUUAAGUCCUCGCUAAAGUUUAUGGUCACUAAAAUGAGUGAAGGAGCUGGACCAAGUAAAAAGGCAAAAACAUAUCACUUCCAUACGGAAUGGGAGGUGGACUUUUUUUUCACAAUGUCUUUUUCGAAGUGCGUUUGCCUCAUAUGCCAUUCUACCAUCGCAGUACCAAAGAAGGGAAAUGUGGAGUAAUGUGGAGGUAGUUACAAAAAAAUGUUAAUUGUUAAUUAUGUGUGUUUUGCAAUAUUGGCUCAUUUGGUUAUGUAAGGUACAUCAACAUACAUUGUACGUACAAAUAAUCCCCAAUACAUUUGACAAUAAAUAGAUGUUUUGCAUUUUUGUAGUGGGUAGAUCAUUUUGACUCGGUCAUUUUAAAAGUAGCUCGCAUGCUGAAAAAGUGUGAGCACCCCUGGUGUAGAUAUUUUGUAUGGAUGGCUCCACCAAGAGGGGGACUUGAUGUAUUGCACUUGUCUUUUUUUGAGGGGCGGGGGCCACGGCAUGUGACAAGUCAGGUAACAAGUCAGCAGCGCUCUGAUACAUUUCCAGUGUUUGUUGUACGCAGUCACUUUCAGUUAAACGGCGUGGCGUGUUUAUGAAUUCAUAUUUGUCCUCUCAAUAUAGACAUGCUAUUUUGCUCAGGUGUGUUUAUAUUUUUGAAGGUGAUACUUUUUCAAGCAAAUAUGAACUAGUAAAUAAAGUGGUCUAUUUCUAUGAUGUUUUGGACACGAAUCCAAAGUUCACAUGGUUUAAUGACACAAAUGACACACACAUA